CUGUACACUUUCUUCGUUCAGUGGUCUCCAAACAUGUACAGCAACCGCCGCAGGAAACGCAGCAUCUUAUUGGUCGAUGAGGAAAAACUCGCUGUGAUUGACAGCUUGCUGAGAGAUCCGGAUCCUGAACACUGGAAUAGCUGAGACUGGAUUCAGGCGCUCAGGCUAAUCCCAGACCCCGGAUAAAAGCUGCGGAAAAGUAGUUUCGUGGAAAUGAUUGGACAUUAAAUGAUGUGGAAAAACAUUAUAUAUUUUAUGUAUUAUUUUAUUAGCUAUUUUGGCUUUAAAUUUAUUCUCUGCACUGUUAGCUUCUUUAUUAAACAUCACACUUUCCUUUUCCAUCAUGCAGUAAAUAACAUUUAACUAAAUAAAUAGAUAAAUAAAGUGACACUACAGAACAGUUUUAAACAUUUUAAAAGGUCGGGAAUUGUUUCUAGGCAGAAAGCGUGAGAAGUGUGUUGUAUUAUUUUGCUACUUGAGAGAGAACAGAUGUUAAAUUAGUCCAGCUGUUGCUGUAGAAAUCAUAUUCAUUAAGUAAGAAAUAACACACUUUAGGCUAUUAUACAAAAAUAAUCCACACAGGCGUGGCGUGAAGCGGAGUUACUGUUCCCACCAUGACGUUGAUUAUUUUCCUACAACUGCAUGAUCUGAAGUGUUUUAUUCCUCUUAUAUCACAACAAUUACAAAUUUUAAUUUAUUAAUGAACGACACAUCACACUUUUUAUCCAUUUAUAGUUACAUUUAAUGUUGUGCAACAUCAGUGAAAGAAGUUAUUUCCUGUUGUCACUAAAAUAAACAGUCGUUCCCUCUCUUUAUUCUCUCUCUUCAAGUUAAUAAGACAGAAAAAUGCAGCUUGUUACGUUACUGAGAAACCGCAAAGAAGCGUAAACUCCUCUGUCCUGAAGCUUUACCUCUGACUGUUCCAAAGCGCUGACACUGGAGACUCCUUCCAUACAUGUUACACAGUUUAUUCUCCUUGCAGAAAGUUUCAGCAUAUCAAUGAUGUUUUUUAAUCUGUUUAUUAUCAGUGGAGCGUCUGCUGUACGAGUCCCUGUGAGUGAGCCGUUACUAUAGAAACAGUAACGUAUGAGAACAGGUGCAUUAAUAUAAACCAGUUGUUCAUGUUACAGCUGGAACUGCUGUCCGAGUCGCGCGGUUGUACAGAAAUAGUGCACAGCUUCUGACCAAUCAGAUCUGAGAAGUCAACGGCGCUGUGGUGUUCAGUUGAAUGCUAACAUUAACUCUAGCCUCUCUCACGCGUCUCUGCUGCACACCGGCGUGUGUGUGACAUUAGAAAUAACAAUAACACACAGUCUGUUGGAUUUCUGUACACAACUCUGACUUUAGGCUUUGAUAUUUUAUCACACGUGAUUCUCAUGAAACCACAUCACACCACAAUUUUGCACUUCUACCGCUCCUGAUAUCAAACAUACACACUAAUCACUAACACACUCCACUUUCACUGAAUCAACCUACAGGUGCCAAAACUUAUUCACCCCACGGCUCCUUAGAAUGCCUUUUCCGUUGCAUUGUUCAGUUUCGUUUCCUCUCUGUGGGCUCGGGGUGUUCCAGCCAGUUACUGUAAAUCACACAAACCCAUCAGACAGCUAACACCACACACAGAGGAGGGGAAAAAACACACAGGGAAAAAAUCCAGCCAAUGAAAGUGAAUGUGGGCGGAAGGGUAUAAAGAGCAGAGACGUUGACAUUUCAUUCACACAACCAAAACCCUGCGGCACUAAACACACACUCACACACUCACACACACUCAUACACUCACAUAUACCCACACUGUAGUGUAUUAUACUAAUAUGUUACUGAAAAACAGAGUCAGUAUGAGAGAGAGAACAGAGGAGAACGUAAAGAUCCUGUUCUUCUGCAGAGGCUGUGAGGAACCUUACGUACAGAUCAUCACGGUGAGGAAGGGGAAGCGUUCUCAGAGUGUGUGCAGCUCUCCGAGUGGGUCAACCUCCGAGGACGAGGACGCUGAGGACACACUUCCUGUGCUGCAGCAGGACAGUCACAUCCUCAGGGAGCAUCACAUAGAGAAGUUAGCUCCACAUCUCCCAGCUCGUGUUCAGUGCUCUACCUGGCAGCUGGUUUACAGCACCGAGAUUCACGGCACCAGUCUGAAAACUCUGUACAGAAAAACAGCAGAAAUCCAACAACCGGUACUGCUGCUGAUACAGGACACACACAACCAGGUAUUCGGGGCGUUUUCCUCCGACUCGUUCAGAGUGAGUGAUUGCUGCUACGGAACUGGAGAGACGUUCCUCUACACAUUCAGCCCUGAGUUUAAGAUGUUCCGAUGGAGUGGAGAGAACUCGUACUUUGUGAGAGGAUUCCUCGACUGUCUGCAGCUCGGAGCAGGAGGAGGGCCGUUCGGGUUGUGGUUAGACUCAGAUCUUCUCCGAGGCUCGACGUUUUCCUGUAACACGUUCCGUAACGCUCCUCUGUCUCCACAUCACGACUUCAGCGUGCGAGCGCUCGAGGUUUGGAGCUUCCAGUGAACACGAGAACCCACGAGAGAACCCCAUCCUGAGAGUGUCCAUAUCACUCUUACACACACACACACACACACACACACAAUUUACACACACACACACACACAAUUUACACACGCACAAUUUACACACACACACACACACACACACACUUUAUGCAAGCACACACACACACAAUUUACACACGCACAAUUUACACACACACACACACACACACACACACACUUUAUGCAAGCACACACACACACAAUUUACACACGCACAAUUUACACACACACACACACACACACAAUUUACAGAUGCACAAUUUACACACACGCACGCACACACAAUUUACACACGCACAAUUUACACACACACAAUUUACACACGCACAAUUUACACACACACACACAUACACAAUUUACACACGCGAACACACACAUGCACAAUUUACAGACACACACACACAUACACACAAUUUACACACACACACACAAUUUACACAUGCGCACACACACAUGCACAAUUUACAGACACACACACACACACAAUUUACACAUGCGCACACACACAUGCACAAUUUACAGACACACACACAUACACACACACACACACUCGCACACACAUAUGGUGACUGUGCAGAUCAUACACGUUCUGAUGGUUCUCCUUUACUUUACAGUUUCCUAUCACACUAAUGUAUGUGUCUGUGUGUGUGUGUGUGUGUGUGUGUGUGUCUGUGUGUGUGUGUGUGUGUGUGAAAUAUCAGUGUGUAAGAAAAACAAGUGAAAAUACUAUUAAAUAAUAAAAUUGUAUAUAGUUUUAUAUUUAAAUUUUUUUACAUAUUGUUAAAUUAUGGUUUUGUACUGCAGUGUGUGUUUUAUCUCAGUGCUGGCGCUGAGUCUUUAACUCCAAUAAAUACGUUUUUAUUUGGUGAA